AUGAAUGCCACAAAGUUCGUUGUGAUUCUCUUCAUUGGAGUUGUGUGUGCCAAUGUUGGCGCAAGGCAGCUCGAAGAAGUCCCCAAAGAGGCCAAAUUAGGCAUCUCUAUUCCCGAAACUGCAACUACCAAUGGCGUUGGAACUCAGCUUUACGUUGCUAUCGCUGGUAGUGGCUACGGAGGCGGAAGUAGCACUCUGAAGCUGAUAACGAUAACUAUGGUACCGGUCAAGGCGAGACUAGAGCUGAAGCGGGAGACGGUGGUGCCACCACCAGUGGAACCGGCAAUGGAUAUGGCGGCAGCUUUGGGAGUGGAAGCAGCAGCAGCCCUUGAGCUUGAGCUGUGA